AUGUCACUCUGGGCUGAUAAAUAUCGUCCAAAAGAUUUGGAUGACUUAGAUUUUCAUCAUGAAAAUACGAGAAGACUGAAGGCAAUGGCAAAAACAGGUGAAUUUCCCCAUAUUUUAAUCUAUGGACCUCCGGGAGCCGGCAAAAAAACGAGAGUGCUCGCAACUCUGAAGCAGCUUUAUGGAUCUGGUGUUGAAAAGUUGAAGGUGGACAUCAAGUCUUUUGCACUCCCCUCAGGUAGGAAACUUGAAUUCAAUGUUAUAUCUUCCCCAUUCCAUCUCGAGAUCACGCCAAGCGAUAUGGGAAACAAUGAUCGAAUUGUUAUUCAAGAUUUGCUCAAAGAGAUUGCACAAGUUGAGAGUAUUGAUUUCUCCAAAAUUGCGCAUGUUGCUGCCUAUGAUGAAGCUAAAGAUAAGCUAAUUCCAAAGAAGAGAUUUAAAGUGGUGGUCAUUAACGAAGCGGAGUUGCUGACAAGAGAUGCGCAAGCAGCUUUGAGAAGAACUAUGGAGAAAUACUCUGCCAAUAUUCGACUAAUAUUGAUUUGCAACUCUACGUCGAAUAUCAUUGAUCCUAUCAAAUCAAGAACCCUUCCAAUACGGAUUGCAGCACCUAAACCUGCUGAAUGCUCACAAGUUCUUGACUCCAUCCUCGCAAAAGAAAACCAUGCAAAGAAGGUAUUCCCGGAUUCACUCGAAGAUAGGAUUCCCAUAUUUGAAAAGAUCUGUAUUGCGUCUAACCGAAAUUUGAGAAUGUGCAUUAUGAUGAUGGAGGCGAUGUACAUGAACAACGAUACCAUUGAUGUUACUACUCCAGCAUUAAUUCCUGAUUGGAUUGAAGUCAUCAAGGGGAUAUCUGUUAGCAUUUGCAAAGAUCGAUCUGUUUCUCAGCUUCAACAAACAAGAUCGGCCCUUUACGAGUUAUUGUCACAUUCUAUACCUGCCAAGCUGAUUCUUAAAAGACUGACCUUGAGUAUAUGGUCGUCACUGAUUUUUUUAGAUUUACCGAGCAGGUCGUUGAUUCAGAGGCAAAUCGUUUCCGCAAGCUCCAUCUUCGAUGAAAGACUAUCUCUCGGAUCCAAAGACAUUUUUCAUUUGGAAGGUUUUGUCACUAGAGUCAUGGUGAUCAUAGAAAAAGAGUUGAUUUGCUAA